AUGUUAGCCCCUAUCCUUUUAUUAUCCUUACUGAACCCUCUUGUGUUUGUAUUACCAGUUGAAAGUGGAGAACGUGUGUCUUACGCUAUAACCAUCUUCUUGUCUUUUGCCGUGUUUAUGACUUUGCUCAGUGACAAUAUCCCCAAAUCUUCAGAACCAAUGUCUUUAAUGUCUUACUUCUUAAUCAUUACGAUGUCAAUGAGCACACUAAUAAGCGUUUUGGCUGUUGUUACAAUGCGUUUUCAUUUUAAAGACCCAACAUUCCAAGUCUCAAGAAAAGGUGUUUUUCUGCUAAAUGUUCUUCGAUUCCGAUUCCUGUACGACAUCUGUGGAAAACGAAAAAAGAAGGCUAAAGUCGCUGACAAAUCUGCCGAAUUGGAUGUAAGUUUUGAAAAGAAAUAUAUUGCUCCUUACGAAGAUGAGCAAGAUAUUGAGGCGGAGGAGAAAGUAACUUGGAAGAUUUUAGCGGAGGGAUAUGACAGAGUGAUGAUGCACUAUUUUUACAUCUUUCUUUUCUUUCAGUGGUUUAGUCUGAUGAUAGCAUUAACGUGA